GGCAAUAGUGGGGCGCAUGGGCCUCGGGCAUUUUUCUCCCCGGCGCCAUGCGGGAAGGCAGCGCAUUCGGGAACUGGCUCGACGCAAGAAUAGACAGCAUCCCAGAGGGGGCAACGCCGCACCCGCACGCGCGAGAGGCUUUGCCAGAAUUCCCAGGAGUCUGCAUCCCGCCCCAAGCAAAGGCGGGGGACGGGGUUGGUUGCUCUUUUCCGCCAUCCGACCGGCGAAAGUAUUGCCGGCCGGCUACUGUGCCAAGACUUGGGGCGACCUUUGUCGGGCUUCUCGGUCGGCUUCCAGGUCGGCCACAUGUUUGGCGUGGCCAUCCAAGGAGGGGCCGGCCAUUGUUUCAGCUGCGCGCGCCCGCCCCCCACCGUGCGUGGCCCCCCGCUCGAUUAUUGCGCCCCGGCCGCAGUCAGAGACCCGCGGGCGCGCCCGCGUUUGGGGCCUGCCGCCGCAGCCGAGCGACCCAGCGGCGACGCCUUCCCUGGCGUAGCAGAUGGGAUCAAUUGUGGCGAGCCAACGAACCGGCCCCAUCCCACUCUGGCGCCCGUGGUGGUGCUGGGUCCUUUUCUCUGCCGCGCUGGUGGCCGGCGCUCGCAUCGUCCGCGGAGUCGAGUGUGCUUCCGCGCCG